AAUAGCGAGAGACAGUAUCUAACUGGGUUUGUGCGGAACCAGAAAAUAUCUCCUGCUCUUUCUCACACAGAUUCUGAAUGAAAACUAGUCAAUUUGAAUAGUAACAUGGCAGAGGCUGCAGGUCUUCUGGAUCAGGACCAGUUCAGCUGCACAAUCUGUCUGGAUCUACUGAAGGAUCCGGUGGCAAUUCACUGUGGACACAGUUACUGUAUGGGCUGUAUUAAGGACUGCUGGGAUCAGGAUGAUCAUACUGGUGUCUACAGCUGUCCCCAGUGCAGAGAGACCUUCACCCCAAGGCCUGUUUUAAGAAAAAACACCAUGCUGGCUGAAGUGGUGGAGAAACUGAUGAAGACAGGACUCCAAGCUGCUGAUCCUGCUCACUGUUACGCUGGACCUGGAGACGUGGCAUGCGAUGUCUGCACUGGGAGAAAGCACAAAGCCAUCAAGUCCUGUCUGGUGUGUCUGGCUUCUUACUGUGAAACUCAUCUCAAAAUUCAUGAUGAACUCAACCCAGGAAAGAGACACAAGCUGGUCAACGUCACUGGAAACCUGCAGGAGAAGAUCUGCUCUAAUCAUGACAAACUGCUGGAGGUUUACUGUUAUACCGAUCAGCAGUGUAUCUGUUAUCUGUGUACAAUGGAUAAACACAGUGGCCAUAAAGCAGUAUCAGCUGCAGCAGCAAGGACUGAGAAACAGAAGCAGCUGGGGGCAACACAGAGUAAAUUCCAGCAGACAAUCCAGGAGAGAGAGAAGGAGCUGCAGGAUCUGAGACAGGCUGUGCAGUCACUCAAGCGCUCUGCACAGGCAGCAGUGGAGGACAGUGAGAGGAUCUUGACUGAGAUGAUCUGCUCCAUUGAGAGAAGGUGCUCUGAGGUGAAAGAGCUGAUCAGAGAUCAGGAGAAGGCUGAAGUGAGUCGGGCUGAAGGACUCCUGGAGCGACUGGAGCAGGAGAUUGCUGAGCUGAGGAGGAGAGACGCUGAGCUGGAGCAGCUUUCACACACAGAGGAUCACAUCCAUUUCCUCCAGAGCUGUCAGUCUCUCUGUGUCCCUCCUGGAACUGGAGACUUACCCAGCAUCACAGUCAGUCCACACGUCUCUUUUGAAGAUGUGAGGAAAUGUGUCUCUGAGCUGAAAGAGCGACUGGAGGACCUCUGCAAGGGGGAACUGGUCACAAUUUCUGAAUCAGUGAAAGAAGUCCAUACUGUCGAGCCCAGGACCAGAGAGGAUUUCUUACAGUAUUUCUGUCAGCUCACACUGGACCCCAACACAGCGAAUGAUCACCUCUGUCUGUCUGAGGGGAACAGAGAGGUGACCUAUGUGAAUGAGUUCCAGUCAUAUCCUGACCAUCCAGAGAGAUUCAAAAUGUAUAACCAGGUGCUGUGCAGAGAGGGUCUGUCAGGACGCUGUUACUGGGAGGCUGAGUGGAGUGGGAAUGACUAUGUCUCUAUAGCAGUGGCAUAUAAAGAUAUCAGCAGGAAAGGGCCGGAUGAUGCUUGUGUUCUGGGAGGUAAUGACAAGUCCUGGACUUUGCGCUGCUCUCCCUCCUGUCGCUAUUUCUGGCACAAUAAUGCAGGCGCUAACAUCCCUGUUCAUCCCCCCUCCUCCAGAAUAGGAGUGUACCUGGAUCACAGGGCAGGAACUCUGUCCUUCUACAGCGUCUCUGACACAAUGACCCUCCUGCACAGAGUCCAGACCGCAUUCACUCAGCCCCUCUAUCCUGGGUUUGGGGUUGGUGUUGAAUGUUCUGUAAAACUGUAAAACGGGCACGGGAGGUGAAAAGGGAGGUUUUCUUCAGGUGAUUAUUCCUUGUACAUUGGUCUUCCAUGGUCCGCCUGGUCGCUUGCUAUUGCUGAGCUCACCAUUUUGCCUCUGAUGGUUUUUGACGUAAUGCUGUACAUUACAUUUAUGUUAUUGGCAUUCGGCAGGCGCUCUUAUCCAGAGCGACGUACAGUUGAUUAGACUAAGCAGGAGACAAUCCUCCCCUAGAGCAAUGCAGGGUUAAGGGCCUUGCUCAAGGGCCCAACAGCUGUGCAGAUUGUGGCUGCACCGGGAUUAGAACCACCGACCUUGCGUGUCCCAGUCGUUUACCUUAACCACUACGCUACAGGCCACCCCAGCUUUACUGGCACCGAUACGUCUCUGGCGGCCCCAGCUGAAAAUUUCACACCCUAGCUCUCGGCCUGGUUCCUUUAUGUUUCUUGUGUACGAGUUAAUGAUACCAAGACACACUUGAUCUGCCAAUUGUCCAAUUACUUUUGGUCACCAAAAAUGGGGAAGCUAUGUAUAAAAAGGGCUGCGUGUAUAAAAGAUUCCUAAAUGUACAGUAUCACCCGAUAGGGAUGAAAACAAAUACCUUCCAAUUAACGCUGACAGUCUGCAUUUUAACCUCAUAUUCAUUAUUUCAUUUAAAAUCCAGUGUAGUGGAGUAUGGGGUCAAAAUAGCCAUAAUUGUGUCACUGCCUGAAUACUCUGACUUGCACAUUAUACACGCUCUUUAGCAUGUGAAAGUUGUGCUUAUAGUACUGAUUGUUUAGCCUGUAACCUGCACGAGAACCUCCCAAAAGGGAUGAAGUAAAUGCUUUGUGUUUAACGACAGGGCUCCAGUGGAAUCAGAAUGAACACUGAGCUCUAAUCCUAUUGUACCAUCUCUGCUCAAGCUUGAAUUUAUCGAAUUUAGGGUUUUUUAUUCUUAUUUUCUCUCAUAAAUUGAGUCAUAGCCUAGCUAAUACUAUAAGCGCAGACAUCAUAUCAUGUAUACUUUCAAGGAAAUAAGGUAAUUUAAUACUGUAAGGUAAUUUAGUAACAUAAUCAGCAAUUAACUUCUCAUCAAUUGUAACAAUAUUUUAUUUUUAGUUUACUGUAAAAUGCUGAAAACACAUUAUA